AUGACUUCUUUCAUUGAAAAUUCCUGCGAAGGACAGAUAUAGCGCAAUAGGGUAACUCAUAGAGGAGGAAAUCACUCUUAAAAUGCUAAAAAUGAAAGCUAUGUUAACAGAGUUACCAAAGCUAGGUUCUUACUCAUCUAUAUGAUAAUGUAUCUAGUUUUUGAAAACUUGAUAUUGAGAGAUCUGCUUUUCAAUGUCAGCAUUACUCAUGCUAAGUACAUGAGAGAGAAUUUUCCAAGUCCCACCUUUGAUUUUAUCUGCUAAGCUUUUAGUGAAUUGGGAGACAAGUAUGGAAUUGGUGUUGUAGUCCUUAUCAAUUAUCAAGUUCUUGAUUUACCGAGAAGCUUUACAGUAUCACUAGUGAUAGCAGUAAGUCAAGGUUUAAUAUGCAUGCUUAAGAGUUUUAAUAACGAACCAAGGCCAUUUUUUGUGCAUGAUUUAUAACCAUAUAAGUGCAGACUGGAGCAUGGUGAUCCCUCCGGCCAUGCAUUUAUUGUUACUGCUCUUUAUGCUACAUUAGUUGAUAUGAGUUUGAAAGAAUAUUAAAUAUUGAGAAAGCACUCCAAAACUAUAUGGUCUAUUUAUACUUUCUUGAUACUGUUUAUCGGCUUCGGAAGAAUUUACAAUGGAGUUCACACUUAUAACUAAGUAUUGACUGGCUAUGUUUGGGGAUUUCUAAUAUAUUAUAUUGCUUGCUACUUACUGUAGCCAGAGAUCUAUUAAUUUAUCUACAGUAUAAAGCAUAAAUCACUGCCGUAGCUAAUUUGGAAUCAAUUGACUCAGUCCUAUAUAGUAUUCUACAGUAUUGCUGUAUCCCUCUAUUUCUAUGGUUCAACAAAUCAUCCCACCCCUCAGAUUUGGCUAGAUAACAUCAUGAAGAACUGCGAAAACGUAGACCUUCACGUGGACCCUGAACUCUAAAACUUUGAAAAAUUCAACAUAUCUAUCUUAAUCAUUGGCACCUAUAUUGGAAUCUGUUUAGAGUAACAUUUCUCAGAGACAAACAGAUAUAUCUAGUUCCAUCGAACAUCUUUCAAGAUAACUAUAAUUAGAAUCUUAGUGACUCUCCCAGGAGGCUUCUUAUUUACCAACAUAUUCUAUCUAAUCUCUAAAAACAAUCCCUACUGGGUUAUCUUGAUUUUUAGAACUCUUACUCCUAUGAUAACAGGCAAUGCAUAUGUUUACUUUAUUAGUAAAUACCUAGCGGUUAAACUUGAAUUGGCAAAUUUGGAUACAUCAAUGAGGCUAGAUGAAUAUUUCAAACUAGAUGGAAAUACAGAUUCUGGGAAUCCUGCUUAGGGAAACCGAAGUAGGAAAUUUUUGAAAAAUUAAAAAUCACUUUGA